CUAACCUUGUUGGAGUGUCAAAUGGGAAAACAAAGUUGUGCUAAAAUGUAAAUAUCAUUACAAAAUCGACACUAAUAGGCCGAAGAAACAACGCCGAUGUCCUCGCUACACCUACCUAAAGUUGUUACACAGCGGGGGAAAAGUUCCCUGGAGGUUGAAAGGGAAAACUUCGAACGAAGACAGACUGUUGCCAUAAAUAAAGCCAUCAACACACAGGAAACACCAGUUAAAGAAAAACAUGUCAGAAAUAUUAUACUUGGAACGUUUCAAGGCAACGGGGGUGGGAUUUUUUGGACUGUUGCAUCCAAGCUUCCAGUCCAAGCAAAUCCCAUUGUUUGCUGGAAGUUUCUUCAUGUCAUGCACAAGCUACUGAGGGAUGGACACCCCAAUGUAGUGCUUGAUUCCAUGAAGUACAGAAGUCAUUUGACAGAUCUGGGAAAACUAUGGGGUCACCUAAAGGAAGGAUACGGCAGACUGAUUGCAUCCUACUGCAAGCUGUUAAAACAGAAGCUGUCAUUUCACAGAAAGUUUGGGCGUAUUCCGGGCAACCUGGUGAUGACGGAUGAAGUUUACAACAAGAUCUGUGGAUCAGAUGUUAACAGCUAUUUUGAAUUUUCCAUUGACAUGUUGGACUAUCUGGAUGAAAUACUCAGUUUUCAACAAGCAGUGUUUGGUUCAUUGGACAUGUCACGUGCCAACUCCAUGACGACAUCGGGUCAGUGUCGACUUGCCCCGCUGAUUGUCUGCAUAUUAGACUCAUGUCAGCUUUACGAUUACCUAGUGAAGUCUCUCUUCAGAUUACAUUCUAGUCUUCCCCCAGACACACUGUCUGGCCACAGGGACAGAUUUCUGCAGGGAUACAAGAAGUUGAAACAGUUCUACUAUAACAGUCAUAACCUCCAGUAUUUUAAAAAUCUAGUCCAAGUCCCAUUGCUACCUGAUGAUCCUCCCAAUUUCCUGAUAGCAUCUGAUUUUAGUAAGCAUGUCAAGCCUGUAGCUGUUGUGCCCAAUGAGCCUGAACCAGAAGUCGAACUUGACACACCUGACGAUGCUAUUGGAAACCUUAUUGAUACCUCCUCCUCUGAGAAUGAUCGAUUUGAACAAACAUUCAGCCAAGACAUGGGAGCCUUCAAUUUCAAUGGCAGACCACCAGAGCCUGAUGAAAGAGACUUGAUAAUUGAAAGAUUACAAAGGGAGAUUCUGCAGCUCAAAGAGGAACUUCAGAGAGUGAAAACAGAGGACCACAGAAUAAUAGUAUCCUUAAAAGAUGAAAUUAGCAAGUUGGAAAAGAUUUUGUCUGAACUGAGACUAUCAGCCGACCAGCAUUUAAAGGAAAACGAAAGCCUGCGGAAAGAAUUAGAAGAAUCUCAAGCAAGUCUGGAUGCACUAGCAAAGCUGCCUGAUGCUGAGAAGCAAGCUAAGGCCAAUCAGGAAAAGUUCCAGAAGAUGAAAGAUAUUUAUGGAAAACUACGAGAAGAGCAUGUUCAAUUACUGAGAACACAUGCAGAUACCAUUAAGCAGUUAACUUGUGAUAAAAAGAUCUUGGAGGAAAAAGGGCAAAUUAUCAAGGAAACUAAGUUAGAAAUGGAACGCAUGGAGGAGGAAAAACGAAUGAUUCACAACAAUUUACAAAAGAGUGCCGAUGAUGUGUCUAGCCAGCUUGCGUUAGUGUCGAGUACUAACUCACAACUAGAGAAACAGAAAGAGGAGCUUGAAACUAAUCUUAAUGCAAUGGAAGAAAGUAAAACCAGCUUGGAGACCGAGCUGGAACAGAUGAAAUCUCAGGUCGCCUGCCUUGAAUCCGAAAUAGCCGAUACCAAAGAAGACGCUGGAAAACAAGGCCAGGAGUUGUCUAGCGAAAUCGCGGCAUUGACCGGCUCCCUGGCAGAGGUGCAGAAGGAGAAAAAGGAGAUGGAGGAACAGCUAGGUGCGAGACUGAGUGAACUGGAAGGCAGCCUGAAGCAGACGUUGGCAGACAAGCAGACGUCAGAAGAGAAGAUGGCGGGACAGAUCUCACAGCUGCAGCAGCAGCUGGACAAGCUGACGUCUGACAAACGCGAUGUGGAGAGUCGACUCGCUCAACAGAUGGACGACCUGCACAGAAAGUUGAUUGCAACUGGUGUGGCAGAAGGAAAGGCUAUAAUCCAAGAUGCACUGGACCAGAAUGUGAACCCCACGCACACCACAGUCACAUGCACAGCAGAGUACCUUCUUAUGAGAGGAGAACCAGUGUUGGAGUGUUUGGCAAAACUCAGAAAAACCAACGGUGUAUAUACUGCUGAUAAGAAAGAUCUGGAAUCGUUUAUUGCUGCUAUGAGUGAUUUCUCCCACCAUCUUGGAGACUGCAUCAUUCACGGGUUUGCUACAUCACACUCAGCUCAGAUUGAGCCUGGGGAAGAGUUGUCAAAAGCCUGUUGUGAUGCAGGAACCUCCGGUAUUAAGUUACUGGACUCUAUUGACACCCGUGGUAAUGUGACCGAAGACCUGGACCAGACCAUCCAGCAAGUGCAGCGUGUGUUGAACCUGGCGGAAGCUCUCGUUCCCAAGAUGGAGGACGUCAAAGUGGAAGAAAUCGGCGAUCUGGUCGACACUGAGAUGCACUCGACUACAGCCGCAGUUGAAGCUGCAGCAGCUAAAAUGGAGGAGAUGCUGCAGAAGACGAGACAGGACGCCACAGGUAUCGAGCUGGAGGUGAACGAGAGGAUCCUCGACUCGUGCAAUGCUCUCAUGAAGGCCAUCAAAGUUUUGAUUGAGAAAUCCAGGGACGUCCAGAGAGAAAUUGUUUCACAGGGCAGAGGUACAUCAACAGCUAAAGAAUUUUACAUGAAACAUCACAGAUGGACAGAAGGUUUAAUUUCUGCUGCAAAAGCCGUGGGUUGGGGAGCCAGUAAUUUGCUGGAUACUGCUGACAAGGUUGUGAAUGGAGAAGGAAAGUUUGAAGAAAUCAUGGUCUGUGCUCAGGAUAUUUCAGCCAGCACUGCCCAGCUGGUUGUUGCAUCAAAGGUGAAGGCCGACAGGGGCAGUAAAAGACUCUCUGAACUAUCAGCUGCUUCUAAAAUAGUUAACGAGUCGACUGGGAACGUCGUUGCGUCUGCUAAAACUGCCUCCCAGGUCAUUGAAGACAAGAAUUUGAUGGACUUCUCGCAAUUAUCAUUGCAUGACACAAAGAAAUUACAAAUGCAGUCCCAGGUUCGUGUAAUACAACUGGAGUCUGAGUUGGAGAAGGAGAGGAGGAAGCUGGGAGAUCUGAGGAGACAGCAGUACCACCUGGCUGGUGAAGACGAGGGCUGGGAGGUUAACGAGGAUGGAGAGGUCAUUGACCUGACGGAUGGUGCUAAUAAAAGAUGACCAUCUAGCAUUCAUUGUGAGGAGUAACAUCUCAACCAGAAAAUGAUAUUGUGAUUCUUCGGGAUAUAUGUAAAAUUGUACACAGACCAAACUGGCCAUCGUAUGAUUUGUCUUGGAAUAAACAAGACAUAUAACUUAUCAGUCAUAUACAUUAAAUGUUCACAUUGAUUUAGUAUGUGGUGUUGGUAUGUGGUGGUAAUUACUAUAACAUUACAUGUCACGGACUAAGAUCAAGAAUUCAUAUUUAGUACUAGUGUCGUAUUUUGAUGAUGUAAGGGAAAGGGAUGUGUGUACACACCUGGUAUAAUUAUUAUACAUUUCUUUUCUUCUUGGUGCCUCUAUGUGUGUGGGGUUUUUUGGAAGUUUUGUCUCAGGUAGAUUUUGAAUGUAUUUAUUAAAUACCAAAGGUUGGACAUUUUUGUCCCAGGAUUUAAGGACAUUGAUUUUUAAAAAAAUGUUUACUAGAAAUGGAAGUUUAAAUUAACACUUGGAUCUACUAGCUGAUAAUAUUUGCAACAAAACCUAAUGCGAACUGGCCCUGUGCCUAUGAAAGUUUUAGAGUCUAGACUCAAGUAUCUAAUAAUUAAGAGUCGGAGACUUUAACGUCAUGGCAACGCCAUACUAAAUACAUAUAUAUGACUUCAUAAGAGGCUGCGGGGCGGGAUUCAGUUCAGUCAGUUGAGUGCUCGCUUAAGAUGCUUGCAUCACGGCAUCGAACCACCUCAGUGGAUCCAUUCUGCUGAUUGGGUUUUUUCUCGUUGCAACCAGUGCACAACUAGACAAA